CUGAAGGACAAGGCUAACUUGACAGCAGCGCUUCUUUUUUAGCUAGUCACCGGCCCCUGCCCAAAAUGCCUGUGUAUCUGUAGCCUGAGAAGGAGAGGGUUCCCGGGGAGUCCCGAGGGGCCAGGAGCUUCCGAGAACCAGGGAGGAGCCGCCCCAGCCAUGUGCCCCUGCGGGAAUCUGCCAGGGGGCCAGGGGCCUGGAGUCCUCUCUCUCCCACUGCUCCAGAGGCAGAGGUGAGCACCCGGCCGGCCCAGAGGUGCCACAGCCCAGCCUGUCAUGGUGGCGGUCUGCAGCCGGCCUGAGGCACUCCCAGUCGGGUUUGCAGCUGAGCCUGUUUGUCUGGUGUGGGAAGAAGAUGGGGAGUUACUUGUCUGUCCCGGCUUACUUCACCUCCAGAGACCCCUUUAGAUGUUCAGAAUGCCAGGAUUCCCUCACCAACUGGUACUAUGAGAAAGAUGGGAAGCUCUACUGCCGCAAGGACUACUGGGGAAAGUUUGGGGAAUUCUGCCAUGGAUGCUCCCUGCUAAUGACAGGGCCUGUCAUGGUGGCCGGGGAGUUUAAAUACCACCCAGAGUGCUUUGCCUGCAUGAGCUGCAAGGUGAUCAUUGAGGAUGGGGAUGCAUAUGCCCUGGUGCAGCAUGCCACACUCUACUGUGGGAAGUGCCACAAUGAGGUGGUGCUGGCACCCAUGUUUGAGAGACUUUCCACAGAGUCUGUCCAGGAUCAGCUCCCCUACUCCGUCACGCUCAUCUCCAUGCCAGCCACCACCGAGUACAAGCGUGGCUUCUCUGUGUCUGUGGAAAGCGCCUGCUCCAACUAUGCCACCACCGUGCAAGUGAAAGAGGUCAACCGAAUGCACAUGAGUCCCAACAACCGUAAUGCCAUCCACCCUGGGGACCGCAUCCUGGAGAUCAAUGGGACCCCUGUCCGCACACUACAAGUGGAGGAGGUGGAAGAUGCGAUUAACCAGACAAGCCAGACGCUCCAGCUGCUGAUUGAACAUGACCCUGUCCCCCAGCGUCUGGACCAGUUGCAGCUAGAUGCUCGGCUCUCUCCCCACAUGCAGAAUACUGGACACCCCCAUACCCUCAGCACUGUGGACACCAAGGAGAAUCAGGAGGGAACUCUGAGGAGACGCUCCCUGAGGCGCAGUAACAGCAUUUCCAAGUCUCCUGGCCCCAGCUCCCCCAAGGAGCCCCUGCUGCUCAGCCGUGACAUCAGCCGCUCAGAAUCCCUCCGCUGCUCCAGCAGCUACUCACAGCAGAUCUUCCGACCAUGCGACCUGAUUCACGGGGAAGUCCUGGGAAAAGGCUUCUUUGGACAGGCCAUCAAGGUGACUCACAAAGCCACAGGCAAAGUGAUGGUUAUGAAGGAGUUAAUUCGAUGUGACGAGGAGACGCAGAAGACUUUUCUGACUGAGGUGAAAGUGAUGCGUAGCCUGGACCACCCUAAUGUGCUCAAGUUCAUUGGUGUUCUGUACAAGGACAAGAAGCUAAAUCUGCUGACAGAGUACAUUGAGGGGGGCACACUGAAGGAUUUUCUGCGAAGUGUGGACCCAUUCCCCUGGCAACAGAAGGUCAGAUUUGCCAAAGGUAUCGCCUCUGGAAUGGCAUAUUUGCACUCCAUGUGCAUCAUCCACCGGGAUCUGAACUCACACAACUGCCUCAUCAAGUUGGACAAGACUGUGGUGGUAGCAGACUUCGGACUGUCACGUCUCAUAGUGGAAGAGAGGAAAAGACCCCCGAUAGAGAAGGCCACCACUAAGAAACGCACCUUACGCAAGAGUGAUCGUAAGAAGCGCUACACUGUGGUGGGCAACCCCUACUGGAUGGCCCCUGAGAUGCUGAACGGAAAAAGCUACGAUGAGACAGUGGAUGUCUUCUCAUUUGGGAUCGUUCUCUGCGAGAUCAUUGGGCAAGUAUAUGCUGAUCCUGAUUGCCUGCCCCGCACACUGGACUUUGGCCUCAAUGUAAAGCUUUUCUGGGAGAAGUUUGUCCCAACAGACUGCCCCCCAGCCUUCUUCCCACUGGCCACCGUCUGCUGCAAACUAGAGCCUGAGAGCAGACCAGCAUUCUCAAAACUGGAGGAUUCCUUUGAGGCCCUCUCCCUAUACCUGGGAGAACUGGCCAUCCCACUGCCCGCAGAGCUGGAGGAGCUGGACCACACUGUGAGCAUGGAGUACGGCCUGACCCGGGACUCGCCUCCCUAGCCUUGGCCCAGCCCCCUGCAGGGGGUCGUCCCACAGCCAGCAUUGCCCCCUCUGCGCCCUGUCCCUGCUAUGAGCAGGGCUGACUGGGCUUCCUGUGGAUUGGCGGCUUAUUUAGAAGCUGAAUGAGCCAUCCCUACUACCUCCCCAGGAGGCAUGCAGGCGCAGGGAAACACCUCUCCACAGGUUUUUGGGACCUGAUUACUGUCUGUAAAUCCAACACUCACCUGAAAGCUGUGAAGAAGAUAAAAAGAUCCUGGACUCUGGACCAGGAGGAGUCUGUUACUCUACUUGGGACCCUCCCAGCAGUGGGAUUCUGGGAGGCUGUGGCUUACACUUAUCAACAUGACCUGGGCCUGCUGGGCAGGAUCCAAGGGUGAACUGACCUGGGGUGCUGAAGUCUCUGGUCAAACAAGGUGAAGGACUUCAAGUAGUAGUGUGAGCAAGAGAAACUGGUGGCCUUAAAGGGUGCGAAAUGACAGUGGCGAUGUCCCCUUCCACUCCAGGCCCUACCCUCUGGAGCAGAGGGCACAAGAGUAUGUUUCAAGGAGUCUUGUGGCUUGUGGUGGAACCUGCCAGGAGUCAGGAAAAGGGUUGGUUUCUGCUCAUCAGCCCAGGGACCACAUAAGUGCAGGGAGAGUUUCCACCUCAUGGAAACUUGGCAGCAUAUUCUGUCUCAACAAGCAGUCACCCACAAGCACUGAAGAGGCUGGAAACAGAGACUCUGCCCUCAGAAAGCCCUGUAUCUUGGCUGGUGGGCUCAGUCAAAAGCUCAAGAUGUUGUACAACACUAGAUGGGUUAUGGGGCCAGUGAGGUCUUUGACAGACCUGGGACCUGAGGCAGGGAGGGGAGGCUAAGCAGUUUCUUGGCAUUGUCCGUGUGGCAGCUCCUGCUUACCUAGUAUGCCUGUUCCAGGCAGCAACCUUGGACAGGAAGUGGUGGCUGCAGAGUCCCUGAGCUGGGCAUUUUAGAUUCUACCUCCCUUAUUGACUUGUCCAGCUUAGUUUCUGGCUGCAGCUUCCUGAGCCACACUCCAGGACCAUGGGUAUUGGAAACCAUUGGGGCAUCCUCCACCCUGGCUGCCAGAUGUCCAGGGACACUCAACACACCUAGGUUUGCCUCUUCCUAAGUGUUUGUGAGCUCGCACCAUAGUUAACAAAUUGGGAGUGGGUUGGGGGUGUAAAAACAGUGUAUGGUGAGUUGUGGUGGUGGGGAUCCAGGAGAGUGGUUGCUGUUUUUAGCUUUAUCUGUUGGGUAAUAUGUGAAAUAUUGUACAUAGACCAGAUAAGUUGUGGGAUGGGAGGCCAUCUCUGGCCAUUUUACAUGCUACAUAGACUGUGCUUGUGUGUAGAGUUUGCAAAUUUGCUGUAGGGUGUGUCCUGAACUCCCAACAGCAGCAUGGUUCAACAUCCUGUGGCUGGUUGUACUCGAGAUGUCCCCAGCAAGUGUGGGAGUGGUGGGCCUGAGCUGGGCCAUUAAACAGACUAAAUAAAUUAAGCAGUGAACAUAAGCGAU